CACAGCAUUGUGGAUAUUUGACCACCCGCAGUACCGAUCCUGGAUAGAUACUGAGCACUGCGCAUGCCCAAGCGGCAAUAAGAGAUCAUGAAAGUUUGCUACAAACAUGCUUUGGAUUCAUGGACAUCCAGGAUCUGGUAAAACUAUUUUAGCCACUUCGGUCCUGGACGAGCUUGACGAAAGCGAAGACCAACCCGAAGACGGGAUUCGCGUGGUCUUGCAUCAUUUCUUCCGAUACAACUCCGAAGCAUCCAGAUCACCAGCAUCUGCGUUCCGUUCCCUUCUUUCUCAAAUCCUUUGGGGUUGUCGUCAUGACAAAUAUAUCGUUGACAAAUUUACCUUUAUGAUGACAUCCAAGUCACAAGGGCAGCUGGACGCCUCGGAAGGGACCUUGGGCGAUCUGCUUCAAAUUUGUCUCGAUCCAAACGCCAUAAUCGUGGUGGAUGGCGUUGACGAGUGUAGCGAUAGCGACUCCUUUGUCUCCUCACUACUUCGGUUGUCAUAUGCUUGCAAUCCGAGAAUACUUCUUCUCGGUCGCGUUAACGUUGCUCAACUCCAACGCUCAGUUCCGAUUAAGUCACAGCUGAGUCUCUCAAAGCAGGAGCUCUCGUUGGACAUUCGGCUAUUCUGCGAACACAAGCUUGAGGACUUGAUAGAGGAAGAACUAUUACCCGAAUCUGCAUCAAAUGACCUCGAACGGCUAAUUGAACACCUCGUCAACGGUGCAGAUGGUAUGUUCUUGUGGGCACGGUUAAUGUUCGAGUUUCUUCGUUCCACCUCCUUGUCCCAGAAGAGAAGGGUAAAUAUCAUCGCCGAGAUCAAAUUCCCAGAGGGCCUCGAGAAAAUGUAUCAUCGUAUCUUCCUCCUUAUCAGCCAGUCUGGUCACUCAACACGCAAUCUGGCAACAAACAUUUUCACAUGGCUUGUAUUUGGUGCUACCCCCAUGACGACUCGUCAAAUUAGGCAGACAUUGGUCAUAGAAGGCUUCUGGACUUCGGAUACCUCGGAGGAUAUCAGUGAAUUCGAGAGUGCAAUAAUCAUGGCCUGCAAGGGGCUUGUUGAGCUUGUCCCAAUGUCCAAGGAUUUGCCUAAUGCCCGUGGACUACAACUAAUUCAUUCAACCGUCAAGGAAAUCCUCACCUGCCCCGAUCCAGCUUCCGGUCUUGAAUCUACGUCACUAAGCCAGGAGCUUAUCAAAUUACCAACACCAGAAAUCGCUAAUUUUAAUAUUGCACAUUGUUGCCUUCGGCAAUUGUUGCACUAUACGCCAGUUGGACCUUUGUCAGAGCAAAUGCAUCGAAGUAUAUCGUGCCUCGAUUUGGCUGCAAACCUCCCGUUCACAGAUUAUGCUGCUGUCUACUGGGUGCAUCACGCAUCAGCAACAAUCAUAGACACCUCCAAAAUCACGACACAUAAUGCGCAGGUAGACAAGUCAUUCGAAAAUGCUUUUCUCGGCUUUGCUGCAGACCUCAGAAAAUUCUUGAGUAUCCCGAAGACAGUCACUGUGUGGCUUGAAGCCUUCUACACGAGCUCUCACGCUGAUCGUCCGUCGGGAUCUGGACUACGGACAUGGGCGAGCUGGCUAUCGGAUCUAACCCAGGAAACCAACCUCAGAGUCGAUGGUGCUCUUCUGGGCAUGAUCUUUGAGUUCUGCAGCGACCUUGACCGCAUUGUCAGGAUUUGGGACUCGAACUUGCGAUUAACGCCGCAUAUUGUGUGGGAUGAACUCACCGCAGCUGGCCUUGCACCAAGUCAAAUGUUCUUCUCGUCUGGUAGUACGAGGGUCAGAUCUCGGGCUCCCAAUAGGCCAAGUGAUUUUGCUGCUGCUGUAGCGAAUAAUCCAGAGGCGUCGAUGUCUGCUGUUUCGGCAGACGGAUCUUUGCUAGGGGUCUUGAGUGUGCUCUACUAUCGUCAAGAGCGGGAUCAUUGCCUCUGUCUACAUCGCGUCAUACGAGCUGUGGCCCCUGGACUUGGAUCGCCAGCGCGUUGCCCGAGUCGUUGUUCAACUUGACGCCCAAGAUCGAAAAUAUUUCAAUAUGUCCAGCCAGAAGCCUAUGUCGAUUAGUUGCGACAACUUAUUGUUCUCAGUGUCCCACAAAAUAUGGAGAUUGAGCCCACACCCAACAUCCCUAGCUCGAGGGCUCACGCAAGAACCAUGGCCCGAGCCUAUCGAAUUCAGUACAGUUAUCAUCCCUGAUGGCUUUUUCGACAAUGAAGGGU